CCUAGGUGGUUGCCCCCUCCCUCUCUUGAGAUGUCAGGAAGGCGGGGGCCACCUGUGUCCUCCACAGGGGCCCCUGGAAGCCUGGGGGCCCUCGUCCCCAGAUCUUGGAGGCGGAGGAGGUGCUGCUGACAGGUGCUCCGAGAGAUGCUUCCCCACCCCUCACGCUCCCUUCCCAUCCUCCUCCUUGUCCUCCUCCCCAGUGUCCCAAUGGAGCCCCAUCCCGCACCCUCACCACUGCCCCCAUUUCUGGCCCCUGAGUGGGACCUCCUGUCCCCUCGAGUAGCCCUGUCCAGGGGCACCCCCGCUGGGCCCCCUCUGCUCUUCCUGCUGGAAACUGGCGCCUUUGGGGACUCAGCAGCUGCCCCAGCCAACCGCAGCCGGCGUGGGGUGAGAGAGUCAGCACCAGCAAGUCGCCGGGGUGAGCUGGCUGUGUGUGAUGCAGUCAGCAGCUGGGUGACAGACCGCAGGACGGCUGUGGACUUACGUGGUCGAGAGGUGGAGGUGUUGGGCGAGGUGCCUGCAGCUGGUGGCAGUCCCCUCCGCCAGUAUUUCUUUGAGACCCGCUGCAAGGCUGAUAGCACUGGGGAAGGUGACCCCGGUGGGGGUGGAGGGGGCUGCCGGGGUGUGGAUCGGAGGCACUGGGUAUCUGAAUGCAAGGCCAAGCAGUCCUAUGUGCGGGCGUUGACCACCGAUGCCCAGGGCCGUGUGGGCUGGCGAUGGAUUCGAAUUGACACUGCCUGCGUCUGCACACUCCUAAGCCGGACUGGCCGGGCCUGAGGCCCAUGCCCAGGAACUGUUCAGUCAGAGAAAGAAGAGAAUUGGAUGCUGAGGAACAUCACGGGUGGCCUGGCUGCUCUAAGGGCCUCUGUUUGGGAGCUUGUCAAAUGAUCACAAUAUCACAGCUGUCUGAUUUUGAGAGCUCAAUCUGUUGCAGGAUGGGUGAUGAAACCAAGUGGGGUUUCAAUGAAUAGGAAUUCUCCUGGAGGAACUUGAGGGUAAUAAUAAUGAUAACAACAAUAAU